GAGGGAGGCAAACUGAAGGGAGAGAAAGAAAAAGAAAGAACAUCAGCCAGAGGAGAGGUCUGAGCAGAACACAGUGUUUGCUCCGGUGUCGGACUCCCAGGAGAAGGAUUCACAAUGACUGGCAGCGUUUGGGAAAUCUAGGGGACUUUUUUUUUCCUGUUCUUUUCUUUCCUUGACUGGGGAAUACUUCUCGGACUACUCUGGAUAUGUGACCCCGCCGGAGAGCUGUUUCACUUCUAAACCUGCUCGUCACCUUUUUGCAGUCAUUCACCUACAUUUCAGUUGAACGGGAGCCAAGCCACAAUGCCUACCGACGAUUACAGCUACCUGCCCGAUGCGCUGCCUCCUCUUCCUGAAGUCCCGGACUCCGGCUCGGUCCUGAGCUCCGUUGACAUCUCAGCCCGCUGCCUCCGCAACCCGGCCUUCCGCCACGCUUCCUCGCGCUACUGCUCCGCCCUCAGCAUGGACUCCUCGCCGGACAGCGCCGAGAGGCCCAUCAGCUACAGCUCCACCUCGUCCUCGGCCUCGUCCCGGGACAGUCACUGCUCGCUGGGGAGCCGCUCCACUCUGGUGGCCGCCCCUCACUGCAACCCCGUGACCUCCAACAGGGACUCCGGGGCCAUUCGGUUGGAGCUGGUCCCCGCCAGGCAGCUGGGGUGUGGAGAGGAGGACGACAGAAACGACGGAGGGAAUGACACAGGGAGUGGGAAAGGGAGGCAAGGUGGUGGACAGACUGCGACAGAGCAUUCAGAACCAGAGCUGAGCCCAGAGGGAGGAGAGCGGACCAGUCAGGUGCAGGGACCCAUAACGUACGUGGACCGGGUGGUGCAGGAAAUACUGGACACAGAGAGAACAUACGUCCAGGACCUGCGCAGCAUCGUAGAGGACUACUUGGAGUGCAUCAGCAACAACUCUCGACUGGCCCUGAGCUCGGAGGAUAAAGGCUCGCUGUUUGGCAACAUCCAGGACAUCUACCACUUCAACAGGGACCUUCUUCAUCAUCUUGAGAAGUGCAACGCAGACCCUGUGGCCAUCGCAGAGUGCUUUGUAUCCAAGAGUGAAGAGUUCCACAUUUACACCCAGUACUGCACCAACUACCCACGGUCGGUGGCUGUGCUCACGGAGUGCAUGAGGAAUAAGGCGUUGGCCAAGUUUUUCCGCGAGCGCCAAGAAUCUCUGAGGCACUCCCUGCCCCUGGGCUCCUACCUGCUCAAGCCAGUGCAGAGGAUCCUCAAGUACCACCUGCUGCUGCACGAGAUAGCCAACCACAUGGAGAAGGACACAGAGACCUAUGAGGUUGUGCAGGAAGCCAUAGACACCAUGCAGAGAGUGGCCUGGCACAUCAACGACAUGAAGAGGAAGCACGAGCAUGCUGUCAGGUUGCAGGAAAUCCAGAGCCUGCUGACCAACUGGAAGGGUCCCGAUCUGAUCGGCUACGGAGAGCUGGUUCUCGAAGGAACGUUUCGUCUGCAGCGAGCCAAAAACGAAAGAACUCUCUUCCUUUUUGACAAGCUUCUGCUGAUCACCAAGAAACGAGAAGAAACCUACACGUACAAGGCUCACAUCCUGUGCUGCAACCUGAUGCUGGUGGAAGUGAUUCCUAAAGAACCGCUGAGCUUCAGUGUGUUUCACUACAAGAACCCCAAACUGCAGCACACGGUCCAGGCCAAAUCACAGCAAGACAAGCGCAUGUGGAUCUUACACCUGAAGAGACUCAUACUUGAAAACCAUCCUGCCAAAAUCCCUGCCAAGGCCAAGCAAGCCAUUCUGGAGAUGGAUGCAAUGCAUCAUCCCGGGUUUCAUUACAGCCCCGACGGUGACAAGAAGGAUUCCCCUCAAACCAAGGAAGGCCCCACUCCUCGCAGAGGACGCAGGAAAGAACCUCUUUCCAAAUUACUGAAGAAUGCGAAGCAGAACGCUGCCAACACUGACGGUGAAAAGAGAACCAGUCUAGGUGCCACCCUGCUGUCUCCAGUGUCCCAGCUGGCUCUGGGCACUAUCGGUCGCAGCCGCAGCCUCAUCAACCAAUCACAGGAGUCCUUGGAUCCCGGCGACCACUACGACCACAGCGACAGGGAGGAGGGGGAGGAGCAUCAUCAGCAGGACGCCGACGACGAGGAUGACAGCGGUCUGGGAGGCGGAAAGAGGCUGCGAGUUCCUGGCAAAAGCAGCAGGAAGCGGCUGAACCCUCAGGCGUCUGUUGAUAGCAUAGAACAGUGGAAAACCUUCAACAUGAGCGCCUCCGACCUGCAGAGAGCCAGAGAGUCCCUGGUGAGGGAAGGAAGUCACCACCCGCCGCUGCUCCGGACACCUCGAGUGACAGAGGAACCUCCAGACACCCCCAUCCCCUCCGUGAUAGUCACAGAGAGCGACAACUCUGUGAGGAACAUUUGGGCCGACCACCGGGCUCGCAGGGCCAUGUUCCCGACCCGCCAGAGGACCAUGCAGCCCGACGACGAGGACGAGGACAUCUACCAGAUGUUUGUUCCCACAGAGCCCAGCGCGCCAGAACCAGAGGUGCCCUCGGAGAGGUCGGAGGCUCCGUCGUUGCCCAAAACCGCUCGGCCCUGCAGCUGGCAUGUGGAGCAGGUGCCCACGGUGCAGAUCGACCCUCCACCCAGUAACGGCCGAGUCCUGCGGAGGGCGAGCAGUGCAGGAGAGAAGGCCACGGAGCCCCGAGAGAGUCCUGAAGACGAGCAGACCGAUCACAGCAACCUGGAGGUGAUCCACACCGAAUCAUCCAGCAAUGACAUGUCCGGCUCAUCCUCAGCCGAGCAACUGACGAUAGACGAUAUUGAAAACGUGUAUGACAACAUCAGCUACGAGGACUUGAAGAGCAUGGGCCUCAUCAGAAGGGAUCCUGAAGAAAGCCAGUCACGGAAGGAGCCGUCUGCAGAUGCACAAGGUUCCCAGGGCCAAACAGAAAGGCUACCAAGUGCUCCGGUGGUCACAGAGUCCACGAUCGAACCGGACGAUUCAUCGGAGAGCAACCGCUCCUCCACACAGGAAGGGAAAGCGUUUGGAACAUGUGAGCUGAAGAUCGUGGAGGAGAAUAUCUAUGACACCAUCUGCUUUAGGGAGCCACCGUCCACAGAGCUCAAAGGAAUCAGUGAAGGCAGCAAACUCAAACAAGAGCGGGACAGUCUGCUGGCCUCGGAGCAGGACCUGACUGGAAGUCUGGGAGGGUUUGUUUCUGAGGAGAGCCUCCACUUUGGAGAGGAUGAAGGAACAGAGGCCUCCUGUGCUGUUCCGUGUUCUUCUGAGCCAGAUUAUUCCUCGUCUUCUGCCUCUGAGACGUUUCCCCAGCGCUCACAGAAAGGAGACAAGAUGUCCGAGCACGUCGAUGAGAUCUGGAACGACUUAGAAAACUACAUCAAGAACAACGAGAAGAAGGCUGAUCGACUUCCUGCUGCGUUCCCUGUGAGCGCCAGCGAGUCGCCAAAGAAGUCCUCGUCUGUCAAGAACAGUCCUACAAAGAGCGCUCCUGUAGUCAGUCCUCCAGCAGCCGGCCCCCUGCCCAAGAGCCCCCCAGCAAAUCAGCCCAAACACCCGCCUGUCACCUCCACACCGUCCUUCACCAUCCCAGUUAUCAACCUUCCAGAUCUUCUAAGUGAAAGCACCACUGAGGAAGAAAACCACAGCCCUGCUCCCACAUCGCGGCCCCUCCCGGCCACGCCGGAGCCCCUCCCAGGCACCGUGAAGAGCAUCCGCAACAGACUGGCUCGCCUCAGCAGCGGCAGCUUCCGCCUGGAGGACGACGAUCUGGUGGAGCUUCCUCCACGAAGCACCUCUCCAAGAGAGACCUCCAUCAAGGACCUCCACAGUUUGUUUCCAGGGGAGCUGGCGGGUCUGGACUCGCCCCUGGCGUCCUCCUCUCUGCUCCUGGGAGAGUCGGUGGACUUUCCCCUGGAGCUGAUGGACAAAACCAAGAGCCGCGUGUUCCUGAUGGCACGGCAGUACAGCCAGAAGAUCAAGAAAGCCAACCAGCUGCUGCGCAUGAGGAGCAUGGACCCCGGAGACUCGUGUAGUCGGGCCAGAGCAGAGAAGAAGCAGAAGGACCUCGCCGCCAUCUUGGAGGAGAAGAAGCAAGGCGGUGCAGCCAUAGGUGCGAGGAUAGCCGAGUACUCCCAGCUCUACGACCAGGUGAUGUUCAAGGACUGCCCCGGUCAGACCUCCGCCGCCCCUCACCACAGCCACCCGGGGCUGCCGUCCUCCCCGUCCAUGCCCGAGACCUCCCUGGACGACGACUGGCUCCACUCCACCUACAGCAACGGGGAGCUGGCCAGCUUCGUCUCCUCGUCCAGCGAGGUCGGGGACGCCCGGGCGUCCUCCACCCCUCAGUGCCGGCUCACCUCCUCCUGCUCCAUCCCCUCCCUCAAGACCUUCCCGUCCUCCCCCACCACCCCGCCGUCGCAGAGGUGGAGCUCGUGCGUGUCGGCGCCGAGCGAGAAGGAGGAGGAGCACGUGUACAGCUCCAUUAAGAGACAUCCCUCCUUCAACGCGCCGUCCUCGCCCUCCUCCAAGUCCCCCCCGCCCGCUCACUGCCAGUCGGUCGGCUCUCUGGGCAGCCAGCAGCAGGAGAAGAACCACCAGUCUGGACUCAAGUGUAACGGACCCGCAGUGGAUCGAUCCACAGACAGACUUCACGGCCCCAGUUUGGGUCGGGCCGGCCGGCAGAGCAGCCUCCCAGAGCGGUUUAGCCAGGGCCAGUCGGAGCUCACUUUGCACGACGGCCAACACGUGGUGGUCCUGAACCGGGAUUCUGCGCUGAGCAUCCUCACGGCCACCCAGAACUACCUGGCCAACUUCAAGGACAAUGGGGAAGACGACGACGACUACGUGGAGAUCCGCUCGGAGGACGAGAGCGAACAGGAGCGGGACAGGUUGGUGCAGAGAAACGGCAGCUCGGCCGUCCUUUCCGGUCAGAGCCGGGUUCUGGUCCAGUCUCAGAGUCUGCCGUCCACCCCGGUCCGCUCCUGCGACCCGCUGAGAUCUCUGAACCGGGAGCAUCUGGAAAAGUACCUGUGGAGCGAACCGCAGCAGAACCAACCCAACAUCGUCCAGUCUCUGAGGGAGAAGUUUCAGUGUCUGAGCUCCAGCAGCUUCGCCUGAACAACAAGCCAAAUAUAACACACAGCGUAUCGCACCACAGGGGGGCGCUGCUGCUGCUGCUGCUGCUUCAACGCUCCACAUCUGUUCCUACGUCAUAAACUAACAUCUCACAAACAUCUGUCAGCAUAGAGCAGAAGCAGUUUCUUUGUUCACGGCCGUGUUUGUGACGACACACACUCUGUUACAGGCUUCAGAGGACAACACACUCGUUACUGUUAACGGUCAAAACGCCACAUCAAAGCCUGCGUUAGCACUUCCCUCAGAUCCGGCAGGAAGAGUUUGCCAGAUGUUCUCAAAGCAGAGACAGAAAGGCGCUCGGUGAAUGAAGAUGAACAAAGGAACUCAAACUGUAUGUAGAGACGAUAGGAAGCUGUUCAGUAGUUCAGGGUGUUCCUAAAGCGAUAAAUCAUCUUUUAUGGAAGCGUCACACAUCUGGCAGGUCUUCUCUCCACAUGUCAGGAGAACCUCUUCGACCACGAUCCCUUUCUUUUAAUUUCGUUCUUAAGGUUAUUUUAACUGCAGCUCUAGUUAAUCUUAACCCAGAUAGGAGAGGCCGACCACAGCUACCACUAGCGUUGGUUUUUUGUUUUUUUAAAUCGUGCUUUCACUAUCAGACAGUUCAGAACAAGCAGCUUUACAGACUUACAGUUCAGAUGUGCUACACGGGCUAGUUUGUCACUUUUAGCAGCUUUUUAAGCAAAACAAACAGAAAACACGUUACACGGCUAUUAAACGAUCUGUUAGAUUAAGUAUAACUAGACUUAGACCUUUGAGUCUAUCUGAAGUUAUUGUUCGUCACUCUGCCGACUACCAGUAGGGUGUCCUGCUUUAAAAACUAAAAAACUAAAAAAAAAAUCAAGAGAAGAUGCUGAUAUUUUAGAUAAUCUAUAAGAAAGCAUAGGAGUUCAUAUUUAUUUACAAUCUGUGAGCAAAUCAGACGUGUUUUUAACGUGUAAUAGUCUGGGGGCAUCCGUCAGCGAAAUACUCAUCUCAGCAGCUAGAUGAUGUGUUUUAGUUUUUUAAUUCAUGCUAAUUUUAAUUUUUAAGAGGGACCACAAAGGAGAGUUAGCUCAAAGACUACAGUACAGUUCUGUAUUUGGUGUAUUUUAUUUUAUUUUUUUGUCUCAAAUAGAUGUCGAGCUGUUUGUUUACUUGUUUACAUCCUGGGACGCUCCCAACACUACUGAUAUCACAUCACAGACACAACGUCACACUCACAUCCUCGUCAGUCACUUCGUUAAGGUUCAUGCAGCACAUUGGUUUUAUCUCCCUUCACACAGUCUUUAUCACACGUUUCUUUUUUUUUUUUUAAAUCACUUAUUUAUUUGAAAGCAUCCUCAUGUUACUGCCCCUCGUCACUAUUACUGCAAGCCACAGACCGGUUGUAAAUGAAAGUAAAACAUAUUUAUUAAAAAAGAAAAAGAUGGUUUUAUUUUAAUUUAGGGACUCACAAAAUUUGAAUCAAAUACUGUGAAUAUUUUUCAGAAAAUGGUAGUUUUUCUGUCACGCACUGCUUAAUCCUUAAAUCACCGAAACACAGACGUUGAGAAGCACAACAACACGCCGACGGUUCAGAUCAGGAGAUGUGCAUCAACCACAGCUUAGGAAUAUGAAGUAUGUUCUUGUUUGUUUUUCAUUGUGAUUUUUUUGUCCUCUGUUUCACUGGUGGGGAUUGUCGGUCUUUAUUGACUCUUUUUUUGCACUUUUCUGUCUUUUUUUACAUUUUACUUGUAAACACUUUGUAAAGAUGUACAUUUUAGGAAAGUUAUUCUUGUAUGCCAUAGGUAUGCUUUACAAUGCUUUGAUGUUUAAGUUAAGUGUACUGUAUUUUUUUAACUGCCUAGUUGUCAUCGCUCAACAAAACAAUGUAUUGGAGGUAAUAAAAUCUGAUUAAACUCA